AUGGGACACAUCGCCGGCUGCUACCUGGCCGCUGAUAUUUUCGCCCGCUAUCACCGCAUGAAGGGCAACGAAGUGCUGAUGGUGUCGGGUUCCGACGCGCACGGCACGCCCAUAACCAUCCGCGCCGACCAGGAAGGGGUGGAGCCGCAGGAAGUGCUUGAGCGGUACCACGAGCAGUUCCUGGACACCUGGAAACGGUUGGGAAUUUCAUUCGACCUGUUCACCUCGACGCACACGGCGAACCACCAGGAGGUGGUGCAGGACUUUUUCCUGCGAUUGAAAGAACAGGGCUACAUCUACCCCGACACGAUGCUGCUGGCCUACUGCGCCGGCUGCGAUAGGUACCUGCCCGACCGGUACGUGGAAGGCACGUGUCCGCACUGCCGGAACGAGCGAGCCCGUGGCGACCAGUGCGACAACUGUGGCCACACGCUGGACCCCAUCGAACUGGUGGAUCCGUUCUGUAGCAUCUGCAGGGACACACCCUCGUUCCGCGAUUCGGAGCACUUCUUCCUCAAGUUGUCCGCUUUCCAGGAACCGUUGCUGGACUGGGUCAAUCAGCAGCCACACUGGCGGCCGAACGUAGCCAACUCGACGCGGAGCUUCCUGCAGGGGGGCCUGAAAGACCGGGCGAUCACCCGCGACCUGACGUGGGGCGUUCCCGUGCCGCUGGAAGGGUACGAUGACAAACGCAUCUACGUGUGGUUCGAAGCGGUGAUCGGCUAUCUUUCGGCGGCCGUGGAAUGGGCCUCGCGCAGCGGACGCACGGAUGCAUGGACGGACUACUGGAAGGGCGGGAACGCGCGGGCGUAUUACUUCAUCGGCAAGGACAACAUUCCCUUCCACAGCAUCAUCUGGCCGGCGAUGCUGAUGGGGUACGGCGGUCUGAACCUCCCCUACGACGUGCCGGCCAACGAGUUCCUGAGCCUGGAGAGCCGCAAGUUUUCGACCAGCCAGAACUGGGCGAUCUGGGUGCCCGACUACCUUGACCGGUAUGACCCGGACCCGCUGCGCUACCUGCUGUCGAUCAACAUGCCGGAAACGGGAGAUACCGAUUUUACCUGGAGCGAGUUCGUGCGGAGGAACAACGACGAGCUCGUGGCGACCUACGGCAACCUGGUGAACCGGGUGCUGCGGUUCACCUACCGGAACUUCGACGGCCAAGUUCCAGUGGACGCCGCCGCUCCGGAGGACGCGGAACGCGCGCUACUACAAUCAACGCGAGACGCGAUGGCAGCCGUGGACGACAGCCUGGCCCACACGCGAUUCCGCGCCGGCGUAUCUCAAGCAUUCGGCUUGGCGCAGGAGUGCAAUCGCUACCUGGACGGGCGCGCGCCCUGGCAAGCGAUCAAGACGGACCGGGCCGAUGCCGCCCGCGCCCUCGGCACCACGAUCCAGGCGCUGAACUGCCUCAAGGUCAUGCUGGCACCGUACCUGCCGUUCAGCAGCCAGAAGCUCCACGAAUUCCUGGGUUUCGACGGCGACGUGACCAAUGAGCCGUGGAACAGCGACGCACUGAUCACGGCCAUCAAGCCCGGCGGCUUCCUGCGGAACCCGUCGAAUCUUUACGCCAAGCUGGACGACAACGUGGCCGAGCAAGAAGCCGCGGAGCUCGGCGUUUCCGUCUAA